AUCACACGUCUUUUAAUAAAGAUUAUACAUAAUCAAUUGAGCAGUAAUUAGUUGUUGAAUUGAAAGAUAGAGUAGAUUAGAAUAUGCUUAGAUCAUCAAUUAUUUCCUUUAAAGGCUUAAGAGCUAGUCCAAAUGCUAUUGGAACUAAGUUAUCAAUGUAUAAAUUAGUUUCAAUUAACGCCACCAUUCCAAUUUCACAGGGUAGAUCUAUGGCAACUAAAGCAGAUGGUGAGCAGACAAAGAAAAGCAAGAAACUGACUUUAACUAAGGAUCUUAAAGAUGCAAAGUCUACAUUUAAGAAACUUAAAGAAGAACAUAGAAAGAAGCAAUUUGCUCUUGAGGAAAAAGUUAAGGAAAGAAAACUUCAAGAGAAAAUUAAAGAAAGAAAGCUUAAAGACAAAGUUAAGGAAAGAAAGCUUGAAGAGAAAGAAAAGAAGCAGAAGAAGAAGGAACUUGCAGAAAUUACUAAAAACUUCAGAAAACUUGGUGCUUAUCCCAUGUUUGUUAAAACUAAAAAAGGAUCGAAACAAUCUUUGGCAGAUAGUGCAAAAGAAUUUAACUUGUUAAGUACUGAUGAAAAAGAGAAAUAUCGUCAACUAGCCGAUGAAUAUAAUGAAAAAAUGGAAAAGAUUUAUCUUCCAAAACCAAAGCUGCCAGGGAAUAAAUAUUCUAGAUAUAUUUCUGAACAUUAUGUUAAGGAUGAUCGUCCUUUUGCUGAGGUUAGUAAAUCUUUAAGUGAAUCUUGGAAACGUUUAUCUAAAGAAGAGCAAGAAUCUUAUUCUCCUUCUGCAGAAGAGUUGUCUCAGUAUAAGGCUGAUUAUGAGAAAUGGUUACAAGAAAGAAAAUCAAAUAUUGAAUCAUUAAAGGAAAAUCCAUUGUAAUUUUGAAGUAUUAUUGAUUAUCAAUAUUAAAACUGUAAUUCAUCAAAUUUUUUUAUAUAUCUACAUUCAAAAGAUAAAUUAUUCAUUGCUUGUUUAUAACUUGUAUGUAUUUGGUUAACUACCACGUCAUUAUUAUCUAUUUUAAAUAAAUGAUUAAUUUAGUUCAAACUAGUUUAUUCCUUAUUGCUCUAAACAAAUUUAUGUAUUGACAUAACUAUCUUAAUGAGAAUAGUAGAAGUAGUGAUUUUGUUUUGGUGCUAAUGUUCAAAUUGGGAUAUUAAAUGAUCAUGGGGUAAGGGCGAGAUAAAGAGUAUUCGAUAUAUAGUCUUAUCAUCCACAAGAUAAUAAUGUAAGUAUUUAAACUUCCUACUGUAUAUGAUUAUGAAAUAAUUAAUAAUUAAUAAUAAUAAUCAUAAUAAUAAUAAUAAUAUAAUAUAUAUUUAACAUAC